AUGGCAGCCAUGGGAGAAGCUGCUGCUGGCCCACCAUCCCCCGGGAAAGAGGACUACUCCCACUUGCAAAUUGUUCCCGUAUCUUCAUCUCCUCCCUUACAGGAGAAGAUUGAUAAUCAGUAUGAUCAUCGGUUUCAAAGGUCUGACCGAUGGCUGCCGGUUUAUUCCUGGUUGGAGUCAUUGGAUACGGAUGAUGUCGUUAAGUCGAAGGACGUUUUAGAUUGGCUUACAGCAAAUCCAGAAAUCAGAGAACGGUUGUACUCUAGGCAUUCUCGUUACCAUCUGAUGCAUUACAUCAAGAAAUGCCACAUGAAAAUUUUGAAGCGAAAGGAGAAGAAGUUGCAAAAUGUUACAGUCCAUAUCCUUUCCUGUUCAUGGGAUGAGGAAACUACAAAAGCACCUGUUUUAUUUCAGCAAAUUGGCAAUGAUUUGAGCAGUUUACCUAAAGAUAAUGACUUUUAUAACUCAAAACAGAAGGAAGCACUUGAAAAAUAUACACUUUUGGUAGAGUUUGAGAAACACCUGUUGAACAUGAUAUCAAGACGUGAUACCUGA